UUGGGUACGAGAUUGAUGUCAAUCAUGCAGUGGCUUCUACCCCUUAUCCUUUGCCUGGGGACCUUAAGUCCUCCGAUGAUUGAGGCACGUCAGAUAAGGAUAAAUCGCUACGCAGUUAGUGUCCAGGAGGAUAAAGCAGCAGUGGAGGAGAAGGCAGCUCCUUAUCCAGCAUCCGGUUACAGGCCACAAGGUCGCUCCUUCUGGCUGCCAGGAGAUCUUGAAGUUGAGGUUGUGGCUGAUCCCACCGAAGGUUCGGGUUCAGGUGUCACUACUACGGAGCUGCCAGUGGAGGAUCUCUCCACCAGUACCACGGAAGCUGGCUUGAGUACCACCACCUGGGAUUCGCUGGACACCACCACCACCCUGGCUCCUCCCCCCGCAGAGGCUCGAGCAGGUCGUGCCUUUGAAAAAGCGCCCUAUCCCCCAGCUGGAUACCGACCAAGCCGUGCCUUCCGCCUGCCCACAGAGGAAGAGUCCCAGACAGCUCCCGCUACAAAUGCCACUGACAGCAACGCCGACCAUCCUGUCUGCGGAGUCAGCACAAAUCCCCUCAAGCCUACACCUGAGCCAGGAACCAAGGACGAACCCGAUGCCGAGAGUGUGGUGAUCACAGCCAAUCUGGGACCUGCUGUUGUGGUGGCCAGGGCGCCCAGUUCCAUUCCUGUGGCCAUUCCUUUGAGGUCACAACCUCUUAUGGCAGCACCCUCACGGGGAUUUGUCUACACCACCCAUGUGGAGCAGCGCUGGUGA